AUCACUAGGCGCCCGCGCCUCCCAAGCAGCGUGUUUCCGCCCCGAGCUGGAGUUUCCCAGCUGCCAGCCGACCUCGAGACCGCACUCCCACCAACCGCGCUUUUUGUGGGCGGUCUGAAGCCACAGCCUGCGUUGGAUAUGUUCGGUGCAUGUUAUAAACAACCACUUAAACCCUCCGGAUCUGCGCCUACCGCAGAGGAAUGCAGAAUGACGCCACGGCACGCAGGAUGUGAUAUCGCCGAGAUGCACAGAAUACUCGUUCAAUCAACAUUUACUGAGCAUCUACUUCGUGCCAUCACCGAGCUAGCAAAUAUGUAGAGCACCAGUCCUGAUUGCAAGGAGCACUAUACAAGAGGAAUGACAGCCAAACAAUUAAAAGAGGAGGCGGGGUUGCACGCAAAAAAGGGAGGGGCGAAUUUUUGUGUUGAGUUGUCAGGAAACUCAUAGAAGAGUUUAGGGGCUGACUUUGGAAAAUGAUGGGCUGUCCAGCAAACGGAAAGAGGGGAGGCCACUCAAAUAUGUAUUCGAUGAAUGAAUUUCGGGCAGAUGUCAGAGUUAACAUGAGGGUGG